GACGUGUGGUGACACAGAGCCCACCUCUUCCUGUCGGUGUCAGAAAGGCAACUUCACCAUAUUUAGCUGGCUCGCCGAAGCCCCGCAGAGUUGAUCUGUCAACCAGGCUGAAAACCCCCCGACACUUAUCGGCGGACGCUGCCCGGCGUUGACAGCUGUUUCUCAUCACCGGGACACGACAUACAGGGGAGGACGUCGUCGGGACAUGGUGCUGGAGGAGCGGGGCCGUGUCGGCGGCUGGUUUUAACGCGAUAAAAGUAGCCGUUCGUCUUGUCAGAAUCCCAACUGUCCAACCGCCGAGCUAGCGGGCUAGCUAAUUAUCGCAGCUACCUCCGACGCUCGCCGUGUCGCGGAGACGAAUUUAUGUCGUCUCCGUUCGUGCCCAGCUGUCGGCAGGGAUUCGUUUGGACUCGCUGACCCCGCUGUGAUGAUAUCCUGACAGCUCCUCUCAUCCGUGCCUGCCACUUUCCCGAGCCUGGCUAGCGAGCUAACUUGGCUAACUAGCGGGUUUUUCACUGCCACAGGGUCGCGUACAGCAACCAGUAGCCUUCGCCGCGGCAGCGGACUCCGAUUGGAUACGUUGACCGUGUGCGAAGCGGCGGUGUGCGGAGGGGGGUGGACGCCGGAGACCCCCGGCCGGCGAGACGACCGUACCGAAGGGCCCCUAUCUGACAGCCCGCAGAGAGGAGAGGGAGACAGGGAGAGAGGAGUGAGGGGAGAACCAGCAGACAACCAGGGGGGACUUGGCCGUUCAGCGCUGCAGAGGCGGUGCACGGCUGAAGGAGACACCGGACUGAACGGAGCAAGAGUCCCACACGUUUUUUUGACAACUGUGAUCCGGGAAGUGAACCGGGCAGGGACCUCAUGAAUGGAAAUCGGAACUACAGGCCAACCAACUGAAUCCAAAGCUGGAGUGAAUGAUUAGAAGGGACCAACAGUGCAGGGAGCAGGCGUAGGAAUAGACUCACACUUCUCCCUGGUAGUAGUCGAAGCAGCAGCAUGUGGCAUGGAAACCAGGGCUCUGGAGAGCUUAGCACCAGGCAUAAAACGAGUGCAAGGCUUUUGAGCCCUAGGCAAAUCAAAUCCACUUUGAUGUGCUAACCCUGAGGAGCCGUUGGGGCCCAGUCCCUAUUCGCCAUGCCUCGGCGGCCUGGCUAUGGCACGAUGGGGAAGCCCAUCAAGCUGCUGGCCAACUGCUUCCAGGUGGAGAUCCCCAAGAUGGAUGUCUACCUCUACGAGGUGGACAUCAAGCCUGACAAGUGCCCACGGCGAGUCAACAGGGAGGUGGUUGACUCGAUGGUGCAGCACUUUAAGGUGACAAUCUUUGGGGAUCGGAGGCCAGUCUAUGAUGGAAAGAAGAGCCUCUACACAGCCAACCCACUGCCUGUGGCACCCACAGGGGUGGACCUGGAUGUUACUCUACCAGGUGAGGGAGGGAAAGAUCGCCCCUUUAAAGUUUCCAUUAAGUUUGUGUCUCUGGUCAGCUGGCACAUGCUCCAUGAGGUGCUGACUGGCCGCAGCAUGCCUGAGCCCCUGGAGCUGGAUAAACCCAUCAGCACCAACCCGGUGCACGCUGUGGAUGUGGUGCUGCGACACCUGCCCUCCAUGAAGUACACUCCGGUGGGUCGAUCCUUCUUCUCGGCUCCAGAGGGCUAUGACCAUCCCCUGGGAGGUGGGAGGGAGGUUUGGUUCGGCUUCCAUCAAUCUGUGCGCCCAGCCAUGUGGAAAAUGAUGCUUAACAUUGAUGUGUCUGCCACUGCCUUCUACAAGGCCCAGCCAGUAAUCCAGUUCAUGUGUGAAGUGCUGGACAUCCACAACAUAGACGAGCAGCCUCGCCCUCUCACAGACUCACACCGGGUCAAAUUCACCAAAGAAAUCAAAGGUUUGAAGGUGGAGGUGACGCACUGUGGAACCAUGCGGAGGAAGUACCGUGUCUGCAAUGUGACCCGUCGGCCUGCCAGCCAUCAAACGUUCCCUCUACAGUUGGAAAACGGUCAGACUGUAGAGCGUACUGUAGCCCAGUACUUCAGGGAGAAGUACAACCUGCAGCUUAAGUACCCACAUUUGCCCUGUCUACAGGUGGGCCAGGAGCAAAAGCACACCUACCUGCCACUGGAGGUGUGUAACAUUGUAGCUGGUCAACGAUGCAUCAAGAAGCUGACAGAUAAUCAGACCUCCACUAUGAUCAAAGCCACAGCUCGCUCUGCACCUGACAGGCAGGAGGAGAUCAGCAGGCUGGUGCGCAGUGCCAACUACGAGGCAGACCCGUUUGUGCAGGAAUUCCAGUUCAAGGUUCGCGACGAGAUGGCCCACGUGACGGGGCGAGUGCUACCCGCCCCCAUGCUGCAGUACGGCGGCAGGGUGAGCACAGAGCACUUUAUGAACCGCACGGUAGCCACGCCCAGCCACGGAGUGUGGGACAUGAGGGGGAAGCAGUUCCACACCGGGGUGGAGAUCAAGAUGUGGGCCAUCGCCUGCUUCGCCACACAGAGGCAGUGUCGGGAGGAAAUCCUCAAGGGUUUCACAGACCAGCUGCGUAAGAUCUCCAAGGAUGCCGGAAUGCCCAUCCAGGGCCAGCCAUGUUUCUGUAAAUACGCCCAGGGAGCGGACAGCGUGGAGCCCAUGUUCAGACACCUGAAGAAUACCUACGCCGGACUGCAGCUCAUCAUUGUCAUUCUGCCGGGAAAGACUCCAGUUUAUGCGGAGGUAAAGCGUGUGGGAGACACGCUCUUGGGCAUGGCCACGCAGUGUGUCCAGGUGAAGAACGUAGUGAAGACGUCCCCUCAGACCCUCUCCAACCUCUGCCUCAAGAUCAAUGUGAAGCUGGGAGGCAUCAACAACAUCCUGGUGCCUCACCAACGACCAUCAGUGUUUCAGCAGCCUGUUAUCUUCUUGGGAGCAGAUGUUACACAUCCACCUGCUGGAGAUGGAAAGAAGCCUUCAAUCGCAGCAGUGGUAGGCAGUAUGGAUGCCCACCCCAGCAGGUACUGUGCCACUGUGCGGGUCCAGAGGCCAAGGCAGGAGGUUAUCCAGGACCUGGCCUCCAUGGUGCGGGAACUGCUCAUCCAGUUCUACAAGUCAACCCGCUACAAACCCACCAGGAUCAUUUUCUACAGGGAUGGAGUUUCAGAAGGCCAGUUCAGACAGGUGCUGUAUUAUGAGCUGCUGGCCAUUCGUGAGGCCUGUAUAAGCCUGGAGAAGGAGUACCAGCCAGGUAUCACCUACAUUGUUGUGCAAAAACGCCACCAUACACGCCUCUUCUGUGCCGACCGCAACGAGAGAGUUGGACGCAGUGGAAACAUUCCUGCUGGUACUACCGUGGAUACCGACAUCACGCAUCCAUACGAGUUUGACUUUUACCUCUGCAGUCACGCUGGAAUACAGGGCACCAGUCGGCCCUCCCACUACCAUGUACUGUGGGACGACAAUUGUUUUACCGCUGACGAGUUCCAGCUGCUCACCUACCAGUUGUGCCACACCUACGUGCGCUGUACCCGCUCAGUCUCCAUCCCUGCGCCAGCCUACUACGCCCACCUGGUGGCCUUCCGCGCCCGCUACCAUCUGGUGGACAAAGAACACGACAGCGCUGAGGGCAGCCAUGUGUCUGGUCAGAGUAACGGUCGGGACCCCCAGGCGCUGGCCAAAGCUGUUCAGAUUCACCACGACACCCUGAGGACCAUGUACUUCGCCUGAUCUACACCAACCUUCCCCAACCAAUGCCACCCUCAACACACACACAGAAGACACACACACAGACACAUCCAUGCACACCUGGCUCGCCAGUCAAGGAGUCCUCAUAUGUGCAAGUCCCCCCCGCCCCCACGCCUAGUCAAUCCGGACCUGACACUGUGCAGAGGAAAGCAGGGAGGAGGGAGGGAAGGAGGCACCCCCACACUGGACUGAGGAUGCAAACGCUGCUUUAAAAACAAACAAGAGAGAAACUCAGCACUAUUAUGCAAUAUUAAACCAGCCAACUAGUUUAUUUUCACCCUUAUCAGGCUCCCGUAUGUUGCCCCUCCUCCUGUUCUCCCCUGUAUGUCUCCUUUACUUGUGGCCUAGUUUGUUUUUACUUUGCCCUUCCUUUGGCACAGUCAUUCUUUAUAGUCUACUAUCUGCUCCUUUGCCAUCUACAGUACCUCAAGUUAAAUUUGAGCAGCAGCACUUUUACAUUCUGUCAAUUUUACUGUAGUUUGUUGUUGAUUCUCCCCAGUGUUAGAAAUGGGGGGAGCGGAGAAGGAAGGUUCAGACUCUGGAGUGGGAAAAGAGUUAUUUCAUUGGACCAGAGGUCCUCCCAAUUGCCACUUUUAUUCUUCCUUUUUUUUCCUCUUGUGUCUUCUGUUCUGUCACUUUUCUCAAGUGUAUGAAAUCACCAGUUGCUUGUACGGAGCAACAUGUUCUUUUGAGCACACUGCCACCUGUUGGCGACGAGGUAUACAAUAAUGCCCCCUUAAAGUCACAACGCAGAGUUGUUGUCUUGUAAGGUUUCCGAUCAGUUUUGAUUUAUCUUUAGCUGUCAUAUUUUAACAGGGGCAGUUUCUAUUGGCUGAUAUAUCAUUUGCUUAACUGCAGCCAUCUAUGAAUUUCAUUUAAAGUAUAACACUGUUAUUUAAUUCUGGUUGUUAUUUUUCUUUCUACAUUAUGUGAAACAUUUUAUGAUUCUGACUUUUUUUUUUUUUAAUCAUGUAAUCUUAUGUUUUUAAUCUUAGUAGUCGUAGUGCAUUCAUUUCCCUCUGUGCUUUAUCUCACAUUUCCCUCUCUUGACAUUAAGACGGUGGGUAAAUCGAGAUUACGUCGAUGGUUUCCUCUAGUGCAAUAAUCAGUUGAAACGAAGGGAAGAGGAUUUUUGGGGACUUAAAGAACGGUUACACAUUUCUUUUGAAAGUGAGCGUCCUUGACAAGAGAGAAGUUUGCCACUUGUGCGGCACUUUUAGUUGUCGCUCCUCUGUGAGACGAUCAGUCGGCAUGUUUUACGAGUUUGCCCUUGCUGUCGGACAAAUGAUGGUGCAACUGCAGCGUUGGUGAUUUUCGUGUUUUUACUUGAAUUGAAGGAUGUUAUGCGCCUCUGUGGUUUGUGAACACUUCAUCAGAAUUCCUGAUUAUCAGUUUGCUAAUGAGGCUGAUUUUCGUCUGACCGCAGCAAAGUGGAGUACAAAGGCCAUAAAGAGGUAGUAUUCAAGUGCCUGGUGGAAGUGUUAGAUGGUCCAAAGCUGCAUCAUGGGGAUCCUAUGUCAGUGGGGUAAAAUAAUCAAAGAAGCAUAUUCCAACUAAUGGACAGCAUAAGAUGGUUGAAAGUGAGAAAGUUUCACCGGUUGCCUCUUAUUCUUCUGAACAACUGUCUACUGACUUUUCUAUACAUCUCAUUCAAAUCAUCUUAAGAUCAGUAUAUUUAUUGUGUUGCCUGUUCAGCAGUGUUAACUGUUGGCUUUGCUUCAGAGCAGCGUUGAAGCCAAGCAGGCAGAGUUGUCUUUUUUUUUUUGCUCAGUCUUCACCAGACAUGGAUCCAGCUGCUACAGUGUGUUGAAAGGGCCGUGUUCAUGGGCAUGGAGUCAGCAUCCUCUUGACUAAUUGUUUCAAAACACUAUUUUAGAGAGGCACAGAAUUGGAUUUUUGACUAUAUCUGAUAGGCUGAAAGUUUUCAACUCAAUCUGGCUGAACGGUGGUUGAAGAAAAGUCUCCUCUGUACUGAAAAUAAUUCUAUAUUAUCCCUACUUUCACGUGAGGCCCACUACCAGAUGCAGACGUAUGUUUUUCAAAAUGUACACAAUCAGUCUGAGAAACAAGAAAAUUACUUAGUCAGCAGUUUGCAUUUCACGUGCAUAAAUGAAGAGUCAUCUGUCACUGUAAGUUGAAUUCUGCCACCCCCCCCCCCUUUUUGUUUUUACAAUUCUGACUUUUUUUCUCAGAAUUUUGAGUUAUUUUCUCUAUUCCAAUUUUUUUUCCUCCCUAUAAUUCUGACUUCCUCUUUUCCUCAGAUUGCCCUUCAGAAUACCAACCUUUUUUCUCAGAAUUAUGAUUUAUUUUCAAGAAUUCUGAUUUUUUUUUUUCAAAACACUAAAAGAAUUUUUUUUUUUUUUUUUUGCAGUGGCCCAAAUCUUUUUCUGUAUCAGCAGAUUCCAAUGACGCUCCUAUAUUCCUUUGCAUCCCUAAAUUGAUAUGAUUGAAAGAAGUUGGGACUAUGUUCAAUUCCAUGUCUAUGUAACCGGCCCAAAAUUGCGACUGGCUUUCAGAACAGCACUGAGGAGUUAAGAUAGUGACUCAAAUUUGCAGUACCUGUACCAACUGACUGUAGCUCGGAUAUUCGUACAACAGUCGACACUUGGCUCCUUUGUGCCUCUGAAGCUCGUUCGGGAGGUGUUUGUUAAAAGUUAUCUGCACUAAAAGAAGCUGUGUUUGGGGAGUAAACACAGGUGUGGUGCUACUCUGUCUGAAUUAGAAUCUGAAGCUGAACCUCUAUAUGAGACGCUAGACGAGCAGGUGGGGAAGGGUCGGAGAGAAAAAAAACAAAAAACUUUAACGGUAAACCUCACUCGCUUUAAGGACCGGAGAAGGUGCUGUGGCUGAUGCGGGGGAGGGUACAGGGGUACAAUGGCAGACGUUCCCUCGGACCUUGAGGUAACGUAGGGUCCUGCAUCCGCUGCUGUACUUGCCUUUACGGCAGGCGAGCCCCUCCAGUGUGGAAGCCAGUGGGUUUGAGCCUUUGUGAUUUCACUAGUGUCUGAAAGCCUUUUUAAAAGCCAGAACGAAAGUAUAUUUGUACAUUUUAAAUUAUGUAAUGCACACACCACUUAUUUUUGCUAACAGAAAAAAAAAAUAAUGUAGUCUACUUAUUAAUAACCUUAGUAAUAAAUGUAUCAUGAUAAGUAACGGUUAAAAAGAUAUAAUAACAAAAGUUUUAUUAUUGCAAUAGACUGUUGACUUGUUCCUGUGUCACUAUAGUGUAUGUGUGAACAGUGGUGGGGUCGUUGAAUCUAGUGACGUGUGUUUGGACUGUCAUACUGUUAUUGAUUAGGGACGUGGACUUAAACCGCCUCUUGCAUUGAUGUUCGGGAAAAAAAAAAGCUGCAAGAUGUUGAAUGCUUACUUCUCUCCUCUUUUUUUUGGUAGAUGUUUGUACAGUCGGAGGUUUGUCGCCGAGAAGAGAGCAAGAGAAAAAAAAAUAUUUUGCCGUACUCCGAAAGGCUUCGUAUUGAGACAUCCCUGUUGUGGUGACAAGCGGUAGAAUAGAAAGAGGAGUCGGCCAGAUGUAUUGAAUGUUCUCAAGUGUUUCUCAUCUGGUGCUGCUCCUUAUCAAGAGCGAGAGAGUGUGAAGGAAGUGGUUUUGAAAGUGCCGUGGACCCAUUUCAAGGACACGUGUGAUCAGACAAUAUCGUGACGAGGGCUAGUAGUUCUCCAUUCCCUUUGUGUUAAAGCCUCUUGGGAUUUACGUGUAGGACUGCAACCUCUGUUGCUUUCUUUCCUCAGACUCUUCUCCUUAGCCGAGCCACUUCAUGUGCUCGCAAAUACAAAGGGUUGGCCUCCCGGUAAAUCUGCGGCGUGACCAAGCCUGUAAUCUUAUUGUUGCUCUCUCUCCACAUUUACUCCCCUGUGCCGGAGAACUACAUUCUACGGCCGCACAAUCCCAUCCGACCCCCCCUCACCCCCCGGGAGGCGUGACGAAGAUUAGAGCUGAAGGACGACGGUGGGGUCUGGUCAGUGAAAGAUAUCGCGGGUCGUGUGAUUUGGAUGGAAUCAAAAGCUGAUCAUUUUUCGCGGCAGGUCGUGUUGAAAGUUAAACUGGAGGUUGAUUGCAUUUUCUAACUGGCUGUCUCUGCUGCCUGUAAUGGAUGUUCAGUGUGUGUGUGUAUAGACUACACUCUUGGGCAGUUGAACACAUGUUUACAUAGCAGAUGUGUUUGCCUCGCUUACAACUGAAAUGCCAUCAGCUCUGCUUUUGCAAAUAUUAGCUAGUAGAGAAGUGACCUAACAUGAGCAAGACCAAUUGGGGCCUGUGGAAGUGGGACGCCCAGAGAGAUACGGAGAUGUUAUGUAGUCACUCAGUUUUUCCUCAGCAGACGUCAGGGGAAUCAACGUGUUUGUCCUUCCUGUUGUUUUUAAAACGACUUGCAUACAGAGCGCUCUCAGCUCUCAGCUGGCUGUGGCUCUCUAUUAGGAUUGUUAACGAUAUGCACAGAAGAACAGACAUCUUACCCACAAAGUCUGGUUAGGAAAAAAUCGCCAAAUGAACCCAAAAAGGUCGGCGUCUCCCUUUCUCUAAACGGAAGAGAAAGGGUGGAUUCCAUUUUGAGUAAUCGAUCAAUAUCCCUGGUUUUGGUUUUUAUUUGCAGUGGAAGGUAGCAAAGGAGUGAGAAGAAGACGUCCACAGAAAGUGCCUUUCCUCUUGAUGGUGCUGUCAACUGAAAGAUGAAAAAAAUGUCAAAUCAAACUUAACAGAAUCUCCUUUUCAAGAACACAUCGCAGCGCAGGCGCGGCUGCGUUUACACACAGUCACUGUACGCGUUCGUUUCGGUUGUUGUUUUUUAUAGACGGCAAAAUACAAACUCGUGUUUCAUGUAGUUAGAUAUUAAGCCUAUGUAGAAAAAGAAUAUAUGCCAAGUAUAUGGUUGUGGUUGAGCUUUUUUGCUUCCUAGUGCAUUUAGUGUCUUGGACCAAUGGUGUCGUUGGUACCGUGGAAUGUGCGUUUGGGUUGGAGGUUGGUGGGGUGAUUGGGGGGGUGUGGGGUGGGGUGGGUGGGUUGGGUAAUAGCUGACACUAGCGUGGUGUGACACAGCCCAGCCCACGUAUGACGAACAUCGCACUGCACUUUAGAGACUGCCACUCUCACUCAGACACAAAGCCAAGAGGUUUUCGAUCUCUGUCCCCUCCAGUCGCCUUUCUUCUACCUCCCGACCAUGGAGGAGGAGGAGGAGGAGGAGGAGGGGAUCCAAACCUCAGUGCGAAUGAGGAGUCGAAGGGAUGCGUGUUACCAAACAAAGCAGUCAGUCAUUUAAAAAAAAAAACAAACAAACAAAAAAGAAGUGUGCCUCAUGCUCUUGUGACUUCGGCGACGGCGGCUCGGGGGAGUCGGCCUGCCCUCGGGUGUUGGUGGUUUGCCACUCGACUCUUUGUUACAGCUAGGGCUGGGCGUCGAAAACUAGGUCCCAGAUUUUGGCGCCAGAAUUUGAAAGCAUCCCAAAAAAACAAGAACAGAAAAAAACUUUAGAUUCUUGCACUGAGGAAUCACGGGCAUUUUUUUUACUAGAGAAAUCAACAUAAGUAGGAUCUAAAAUAAAAAAGGCAUGAAUGAAAGUAGUUUAGUCUGUUGCAUAGUGAGGUAUGCUAUCAUUCAAGUGUCAUUUUUUACAGCAGGUGCAGAGAGAUAUCGGCAGAACCAGUGUCAGUAUUGAAGCUUUUUUUCCCACGAUGCCCAGCCCUGGUAGCAGCCCAUGGCAUUCUUUCAUCCUCGUGCAAUGCCCUGCCAUGUGUCUUGUCCCCGAUGGAGGGAAAAUGUGUGCCCAGCAAGUAUCCCUGUCUUGAGCCGGUAGGGUCACUCGACUGAAAAAAAACAAAUAAAAAAAGAAUAACCAAGGCUGGUCUUGUAGUUCUGCGGGUACCUUUUCAGUCCAGGGGGGCGGGGUGAAAUCUUUCUAUUACAAGAGAUCUCGAAAAACACUGCACCUCACUUACCUUGGUAUGCUGCAUAUGUUAUACUACAUGAAAGAAAAACUGCAAAUUGCUUUUAUUAUGACAUAUAAUGCUUGAGUAAUGCCUGAUUGCGAUAUUCUUAUACAGUAACUAUUUUAGAGUCAAAAUAAUUAUAACUGUAAAAAAAAAAAAAAAGUGGAAAAAAAAAUCUGUUUUGUCUUAACACUUAUCCGAUUUUGAGAAAUUGUUCUUGAGCCGACUUUUAUUUUGUUGUCCUAUUUAAAUGUGUCGUUCUUUAAAUUUAUAUAUGAAAUAUUAUAUGUGCGGAAAUAUUUUAUGGUGUAUUUAUUGAGAGUGCGUUCAAGCGGCUGGAGUCUCCGCAUCACAUUUUGCAGCAUGGUGGGGGCGGAGCCAGGAGGAUGAGGCCUUUAGCCCCUCCCCCUCCAUGUUGACGCCUUAUCCUUCUAGACACGCAAGCACAACAAUAUGGAGGGGGGUGCGAGGUGGAGGAAAAGGGAGGAGGCGGGCUUGACCGGGCCGCGCAGAGCCGUGUAUGGGGUUCUGGUCGGCGUUCGAGUCGGCUCCCCCGUCCUCCUUUUUUCUUUAUAAUCUUUUUCCCUCCACUCUUCUUUUUAACACCUUAGGAGGCCCAACGCCAACCCCCACAUGUUGCAGCUCAUCUCUGACGAAGGGAACCAUUUCUGAACCACACUGACCUGAGUGUCGAAUAGCUGAGUUUUUUUUUUGUUUGUUUUUUUUAAAUUUCAUCCCGAGCUGCUAAAUUGGUACGUUAGCCAUGAAACCCCCCCCCAAGUAAAGGGCAGGUGGGAGAGAACGUAAAAUUUAAAAAAAAAAAAAAAAUCUUUUUAAAGGCAGCGAAGGAAGGAGGGAAGGAAAGAUGUCAGAAAAAAGGCAGAAAUCUUCAGAUCACGGUGAAAACUUAAGCAUAGGUGUCGCUUCUUUCCUCUUGAAUCGUCUCCUGUCGAGUUUUUAUUUCCUUUCUUGUGCCAGACGCAUUUUUUUUUUUUUUUUUACAGCAGGAACAGGUCUCAUUCCACAAGAAAAGACUUGCCUCAGCCUUAAGUGUGUUCUUACAUAAUGGUCAGAUUUCUAUGUGACUCUGCAAUGCCUGUGUUGGGUGGCCUACCAAGAAAAAAAAAAGAAAGAAAAACAAGCCUACGUACUUGAUCUGCCCCGAUUCUCCAACCGGCAUCCUCAUCUCUUCUUCAUGUAAACCACUAACAUUGCUGCAAAACUUGGUGAAGUCUGAUGUACGAACAAGCGUAAGCUUUUCCAAAAAAUAUGCUUUGUUCCAAUUUUUUAAGUGAUGUCUGAACAGAAACCGGGAUUCUGGGUCAAACUGCAUGUGGAAGCAGCUCUUGAGUUUGAUGAGCAUCGUAUAAAUUCUGAAUGACGUGAGAACGUUGUGCCAGUUCGACUUUUCUACACUGUGUUUGUGUAAACGUGCUGGUUGUCAUUACGCUGUCGAAAUGACGGUGCCUUCAGGUGCAGUUUGACCCGGGCCUCACUGGAGCCAGGAGGUUCCCCACAGUGCUGGAUUACAGAGACCUGUGCCUGUAUCAUGAACCAAGGAUGAGAUGUGUUGUGAUGAAUUGCUGUUCUUUUCAUUUGUUUCUUUUUUCGUUUUCGUUUUUUCACCUUUGUGUUGGUUGUCCCUCACCCCAGCGGAGGAUCAGAGACAUGGAGCUUUUGAGUGUUGUCAGUCCUGUUCCAAAGUAAACACGCCUUCUGUUCAUUAAAUCAUGUUGGGUUUAAUAAAUGUUUACUCACAUGCCUAUCAAGAUGUUUUCAUCCCAUUUGCAUUCCAGUAAAGACUUUGAACCAAAUAUUGCGCAAGAGAUUAGGCUCCUGAUGCUGUACACACACACCCACCCACACACACACACGAACACACACACAGUGGUUUGACGACAGAUAUCCGACAGUGGCCAAGGAUUUCAAGCGUUUUACUGUGUGCACCGAUUGUCAUUUCUUUUUUCGAUGUAGCAUCUCACUCUUGUGUCAGUUUUAUUUCAAUCUUAAAGACCUUGGGCUCUGAUACCUCUGAGGGAGGCACCAGCAAACGGAUGUACGCGUUGAAUAGUGAACCUUCACCACCAGAUGAUCCAUGUCUCCGUCUCUCUGUGUGUUGCAAAGUUGUACCAACAGCACUAUUCCUUUCAGUUUUUAAAUGUCUCUUUCUUUUGUAACUCUCUCUUAUAGGUUUUAGUGUUGCUUUGCUUCAGUUUGAAGUGUAUCUUUGACUAAUACUUGCAAUAAAAUGCUUUGCUUUA